GUAUGAACGUCAUGAUCAUGGCAAAUAAAGGAACGAGAUCGCGCUGACCUACUAUGCUUGCCGUAUCGUAUGACAGCUCAAGAUGAUGCACCGCCGACUCCCAGCUAUGUCAAACGCUGGAAAACUGGUGGCUUUCCCUGUGUCGGUUCCUUGUGUUCUUGGUAUGAUGCCUGGCACCGUAUUUGCAGCCAGCGAAGCUAAGCAGAAUAACGACACAUUAAUUAUUGAUGAGCUGUCCCUUUACACGACUCCACCAUCCCGGCUCAGGUACGAGGAGCCUGCAGCGGGGCAUGUAGAACAGGGGGUGGCCACUCUGAGGAAGGCUGCAGAGCCCUACACCUUACAGUGCCAGCAAACAGGUGCCACCACAAUGGAGAAAGUCCAGGAAGUUUAUAAAACAGUGGAGCCUACUUUGAACAGCUCUGUGCAACUUGCGAAAGAUAGUUAUGAUUUGUUGAACAACCCUCCACCCAAAUUGUACCCCAGUUUGGGUGCUGUUGGUUUCUCAGGAAUCCUUGGACUCUACCUGGCAAAAGGCUACCGAGUAAGGAGGCUAGUAUUCCCCACCGCACUGAUGGCUCUGAGUGCCUCUGUGUUCUACCCACAACAUGCGGCAUCCUUGGCCAUGAAGACCAAAGACCAAGUAUACACCAUGGGCUCACAGGGUCGUGUUCAUGCUGAGGACCUUUGGAAGAAAAUGUCCUCUGUCUUGGGAACAUCAGAGAAGAAGAAGUGAGACCAGUCCAGCAACCCCAAAUCAUGAAGCAGAUACCAGGGCUAUGUCAUGCUUCAUCAGUUGUGUUUGCUAUUAACACAACCAGCUUUCCUGGAUCUGUUCCUUUUCCUGGUACUAUUUACCCAUGCUCAUAGCUAUUGAACUGUGAUAUACACACUUAGGGGCCAAACCAACGAGCAGCCUUGUGUAGGUUGUCUUUGUAUUUAUUUAAAACACUUCUGCACUGAAAGGAAUUCCUUUAGAUGUAUAUAAAAUGGGAUUAUGUGAUCAGUCGUAUGAUGAUGUUGCCUAUAAAUGUCUCUGUGUCAUUGUUUUUAUUACAUAAUUGAUUGAUGUUUUGCAGCUUCAGAUACCUUAACAUCAUGUCUGAGACAGCAAUGUGGUUACCGUCUGUUUAGCUACUGAAGGAAGUUCAGAGAAGUUUAGUUAAAGAAAACAUCUGACAUACAUUAUAGUACUCGGGUAAUAAAGCUAUUUUUGCAAAGUGAAUACAUGACAAGGAUAGGUCACAAAGAUUACGGUGUCAGAGGUCAAGGAGUCAAACACCCCAGAUCCUGGCUACUUCACUGGUGUGGUGGUUUAGGUCAUAUUAUUUUUAUUCAUAUACAUUAUACUCAUUUGUUGGCACAUAUUAAUUGUGUAUUGGUUAAAAAGUAACUAUCACAGGAAAUUAACAAGAUGUUUUGAUUUUUACAUCAAGCCAGUAGUCUCCUUUGCAAUUCAAGUUUCACUUACGACUGAAAUCGAAAGUAAGCCUUUGUUUCGUUUUGUUUUGUUUAAUCUCUUUUGCUCUGUUCUUUUUUUUAUCCCCAAAUGAUCCCCCACAGUGUCAAUAAAAUGGUUUGGAACUCUGA